AUGGAACAUUUUUUUGCUUUUCUGUACUUCUUUGGAUCACUUAUUCAUGCUCUGGCUCAACGCACUAUACCAGCUUCAGAGUUUCAUCUGGAUGGAGAUUAUUUGAUAGGUGGACUUUUUGAUAUUCAUCAUGUCAGUAUCCAUGUUUACAAUGACAGACCAGAAGCUGUUGACUGCUCCAGUCAACCCUUCCUUCUGCCAAAUUAUCGGAGGUUUCAGUUGAUGAGAUUCUCUGUGGAGGAAAUCAAUAACUCAACCAGCCUCCUGCCUGAUAUAUCCCUCGGCUAUGAGAUGUUUGAUCACUGCUCAGAUGCACAAAACUUUCCAGAAGUUUUCAACCUUAUCUCAGUCAAUGGACUGAUUCAACCGUGGGUUGAACCUCAAAAGCAACAAACAAAUAUUUCUGAUGUGUCCAAAGUGAUAGCAGUGGUUGGACCUUUUACAAGCACUCAGGCUCUGACUGUAACCCCAUGGUUCAUGGCUGAUUUCAUUCCUAUGGUCAGUUAUGGAUCUUCCAGUUCUGUCUUCUCAGAAAAAGCAAAGUUCCCCUCUUUCCUACGAACAGUGCAUCCCAAUAAAGAUGUCAUAGAAGUGAUUGUUACUAUUCUGCAACACUUCAACUGGCGCUGGGUGGCUUUCCUCAACAGUGAUAAUGAUUUUGGUAUUGAUGGACUGGAAAUGUUCAGGAAAAGGAUCAAGGACACAAAGAUCUGUCUGGCGUACACCAAAGGUCUCAGCAGCAAUACAGAUUAUCUUCAAAUAUUCACACAGAUACAGGCACAGAGGAUUAACACCAUUAUUGUUUUUGCCCCAAAACUGACUGCUGAAGCUCUCAUUAUGUCAGCAAUACAGCUGAAUAUCACCAACAAGGUUUGGAUAGCAGAUGAUGGAUGGUCCUUAAACAAGAGGCUCCCUAAGGAGAAAGGAAUCCAAAAUAUUGGAACUGUACUUGGGGUGUCUCAACCAGUCAUGAUGAUACCUGGGUUCAAUGAUUUUAUUUAUUCUACUAAAAGCCAGAGUCAUUGCCAAAAUCCAAAACAAAAAAUGUUUUGUAAUCAGGUAUGCAAAUGCAGCAAUGUUAGUACAGAAGAAAUCCUUUCUGUGGACCCAUCUUUUUCCUUUGCUGUUUACUCUGCUGUAUAUGCCAUUGCGCAUGCUUUGCAUAAUACCUUGCAAUGUGGGACUGACCGAUGUAAUCACAAUGUCACAGUAUACCCUUAUAUGGUCCUAGAAGAGCUGAAGAAGUCAAACUUUACACUUUUAAAUCAAGAUAUUAAGUUUGAUGAAAAUGGUGACCCCAAGUACGGCCCCCUCGCAAUAGUUUUCUGGAACCAGACUGGUGAUGCAGAGGAGAUUGGCUUUUACCAUUUUCACCCCUCUACAGAUUUCUUCAUCAACAACAGCAAAAUCAAGUGGAAUACAAAUGACGGUGUGCCUACUUCCCUGUGUUCCAAAGAAUGUUCUGCAGGUUACGUUAAAGAGCAAACUGGAAUCCAUCAAUGCUGCUUCACCUGUGAAAUCUGUCCAAAUGGAACUUAUAUCAAUAGCACAGAGGAUCCCUACAAUUGCAUCAGCUGUAAGGAGACAGAAUGGUCCACAGAAGGAAGUACAUCAUGCAAUCUGCGUUCAGUGGAGUAUGUCCCAUUCACUGACAUCGGGGCCAUACUCAUCAUAGCCGGGUCCUGGGCCUUGGAUGGUCUCACACUAGCUAUGUCUGCUCUCUUUGUCAUCAACUACAACACCCCUAUUGUCAGAUCUGCUGGGGGACCAAUGUGCUUCCUCAUUUUAGGCUGCCUCAGUCUGUGUAGUCUCAGUGUGUUCUUUUACUUUGGUAAGCCAACAGCUUCCUUUUGUACUUUGAGGUCUUUGCCAUUUAUUUUGUUUUACACUGUUUGUCUUGCCUGUUUCGUUGUGCGCUCUUUUCAAAUAGUUUGCAUUUUCAAAAUGGCUGCCAAGUUCCCAAGGCUCUACAGUUGGUGGAUGAAAUAUCACGGCCAAUGGCUGAUCAUCACUGUGGCAUUUGUUACUCAGGCUUUUGCUCUUCUUAUUGGCUAUUCUCAUUCUCCCCCAAAGCCCUACAAUGAAACAGUUUGGUAUCCAGAAGAAAUCAUACUAAGCUGCGAAACUAAAUUUGAUGCAUUCUCUGGUUCAGCAAUUGUACUUGUGUCUUUGGGCUCUCUUUGCUUCAUUUUCUCCUACAUGGGGAAAGACCUCCCUAAAAAUUACAAUGAAGCCAAAGCAAUAACCUUCUGCCUGCUCCUGCUGAUCCUCACCUGGAUCAUCUUUGCUACCAUACAGGUGCUUUACCGUGGCAAGUACAUCCAAACUCUUAAUGCUCUGGCAGUACUCUCCAGUCUUUAUUCCUUCCUGUUGUGGUAUUUCCUCCCAAAGUGCUACAUCAUCAUUUUUCAACCUCACAAAAACACACAGCAGUACUUCCAAGGUCUCAUUCAGAGUUACACCAAAACAAUAAGCCAGUAG